AUGGAUUUGGUGCGAUUCUUCACCAAGUUCCAGUGCUGGUCAUGCGAAUGUGGAGACUUGGGGGAACUCGCCGAACAAAAGGCGCCGGUCUCGGUCGCCCCUCUGGACUUCCGAUUCCAGCGCUUUCCCGGCGACAGAGAACGCAGAGCCAGCGAGAGCUCGCAGGGCCUGGCAAGCGAGCCUGCAUCGGAAAUCCAGAACCCACAGCAAAGCCCACGAGAAAAACAGCGACAUGAGCUGAAACAGCUCAUGAGGAGGUUUGCAACUCGUGGAAUGGACGGUGUGUCGAUACAACUCUUCGACGAGUUGUCUGGCUCGACCUGCCCUGGUGUUUAUCAGAUCGACGACUUGUUGGAAUACAUCCGCCUCACGCCAGAGGACACGGCUGACAGUGCACCAUAUGCCGGGCCUGAGCACAUUGCCUAUAUCCGAGAGGUUGUGUCAGUGUCUUCCGGUGCUGAGUGCGCUGCUCAUGUGGAGCCAGGUGCCUGGCAGCAGCUCACGAGUGACGAGCACGCUCGCUUGCUGGUAUUGGUUUACCACACCCAGCCGCAUGGGAGCUUGCCACCCGUGGAUUGCCGAAAGGUGUGUUUCUUGGAAGAUGAUGAAUCUGCCUGCCAGAUGUUUGCGAUCUGCGUGAGGAUCUUGCGCCGGUACAUGGAGGACGCGAGGCAAAGCCAGCACAAUCGGCUGGAGGAGGCCUUGGCCGUACUACAGGAAGGUCAGAAAAUGUAUGCCACGCAACAGAAAGUCAUGGACUCGCAGCAAGAAACAAUCGAGCGACUCUGUCGUAGCAAGCCGAAUGGACUGGAAAAGCCAGCCCCAGAGGCCGUGCCAGCCAAGAGUGGCAGGGAUGAGGCGCGAGCUCGGGCAGAGGCCAAGGCACAGGUGAUGCGUCCGUCAGCGCAAAAACAGGAAAGUCCAAGUCCACAGUCUCCAGAAGAAGACAAUGAGUUCCUGGGUAUGGAUACUCAACAAGCAGAGCAAGUGCUGGCGGCGCUGCAGGCUAUGCUUGCGGAAAAAGAGCAGCUCCAUCAGCAGCUGCUGAAUGAGCAGGCUGAUGCUGAAAGGAGACUGCAAGCGCUGAGAGAGAUGGGCUCGGCAUAG